AUGGAUACUUCGAUUUUCACGGACGACGCACCCGGGAGGCUUGUCCCGAUCCAGGAUGGGGACGUCGCGUUCGUGCCGAGCCCGUUGCCGCCGGAGGGUUUUCGGCUCACGGAGCUGCACAAGGAUCUCUUGGCGGAGGCGCGGGAGGUGGUCGGCGAGCUGCGCGGGGUGACGGGGAGCAGCCUGCUCCCCAACCCGGGCGUGCUGCUCCGCGCGUUCCAGCGGGAGGAAUCGCUCAGGAGUUCGAGCAUCGAGGGCAAGUUCGUCACGGCGGAGGACCUGCUCCGGUUCGAGCUGAAAGAGGUCCGGGGGAUCGGCGCCGGCGGCGAGUCCAAUGACCGGCGCGAGGUGCACAACGCUGAGGCGGCGCUGCGCCACGGGACGGAGCAUCUGGAGUCGCGCGGCUUCGACGACUGGCUCGUCCGCGCGCUGCACCAGACGCUCCUCGAGAAGGUGCGGGGCGAGGACAAGUCGCCCGGGCGGUACCGCGAGGGCCAGGUCUUCAUCGGGUCCGACGGGCGGUUCAUCCCGCCUCCGGCGUACCUCGUGACGCAGUGCAUGGAGGAGUUCUUCGCGUACUGCCACGCGGAGGAACCCGGGGCGCACCCGAUCGUCCGGGCGGCGAUGCUGCACUACCAGUUCGAGGCGAUCCACCCGUUCCGAGACGGCAACGGGCGGGUCGGGAGGCUCCUGCUCGCGCUGAUGCUCGGACGCUGGUGCGGGCUCGGCAAGCCCUGGCUCUACCUGAGCGAGUAUUUCGAGCGGUACAAGGACGAGUACAUCUCCGGGCUCUUCGGCGUCAGCUCGCGGAACGAUUGGGGGACGUGGGUCGCGUUCUGCCUGCGGGCCGUCGCGACGCAGGGGCGGAGGACGAUCCGGCAGUGCAACGCUCUGCUCCGGCUCCGGAGCGAAUGGGGCGACGCCGUGCGGGACGCGGGGCUGCACGUCCGCAACCUGGCCAUCGUCGAUCAUCUGCUCGGCACGCCGGCCAUCGACACGGCGGCGGCGGUCGGCGUGACGGGGGUGGGCUCCCCGAACACCGCGCGGGCCGAUCUCGAACGGCUCGCGGGCCUCGGGAUCCUGACGCCGGCCGGGGACGCGAGGCGGGUGGUCUACUACGCGCCCCGGGUCAUCGACAUCGUGCACCGGCCGGGCGAAUUCUGA